AUGUUAGAUUUCAACUCAUCCAUCACUCUUGCAUAUGCUAACAACAUAAAUGAAGUAAAAGAAGAAGAUAAAGGUGUGGAUCCAACUAUAUUGAGAAGGCUCAUUGGUUUAUUGAGAUAUUUAUGUCAAAGCAGACUAGACAUAAGUUAUUCAGUUGGAAUUGUUAGCAAGUUCAUGAGUAACCCUCUCAAAACUCAUUUCUUAGCAGCCAAGAAGAUUAUAAGAUACAUACAUGGUACAUUGCAGUAUGGAAUUUUAUUCCCUGAGGCACAAGAAACUGAGCAGCUCAGCAUGAUAGAUUACUCAGAUGCAGAUUGGUGUCGGGAUAAAAGAGAUAGGAGAAGAACUACAAGUUUUUUGUUCAUGCUGCAAGGAGCACCUAUUUCAUGGUCAUCUAAGAAGCAACCAAUUGUUGCUCUCUCAAGCUGUGAAGUUGAGUAUGUUGUAGGCUCAUCUGCAGCUUGUCAAGCCAACUGGUUACAAAAUGUGUUAGAACAGUCGAUGAUCAAGCUUAAGCAACCUAUCAAGCUUCUAAUAGAUAACAAGUAUGCCAUAAAUCUAGCUAAGAACCAUAUUUCCCAUGGUAAAAGCAAACACAUUGAGACUAAAUUCCACUACUUAAGGGAUCAAGUGAACAAAUGCAAGAUCAAUAUUGUCUGA